GUUUGUAGGUUACAGAGAGGAGCUAAACGGAAAAGAAGAAGGUUCACAGCUUGGUGGAGCUUCCUCACAGGAGCAAAUCUGACCCUGAAAUUUGGUAGAAAUGUUUGAAAAUUUUAGAGAAAGACUUCACAUGGUCCAACAGGACUUCUCAACCAGUUUCAAGACCCUGGGAGACGCAAAAGAGACGAAAACCAAGAGGAAAUCCAGGUUGGAAGAAGGUUUUCCAUUUUUAGGUGCAGGACUUGACAUUUUGAACAGGUUUGAGAAGAGUUGGUUUCUGCUCCAUAAAAGAACCAAAACCUGUACCCAGAUAGCAGAGUCUGUGGAUGGUGACAUAGUGAUGCUGUCGGCACACUGGGAGAGGAGAAAAGCUGCUCUGACACACCUACAGGAGCAACUGCAAAGCCUACCAGAUUUCAUCACCGAACUUGAUGCCAUUACUGCUAACAUAGCUCAACUAGAAGGUGAAUUUGCAGAGAUGGAGAGCAGACUGCUGCAUCUGGAAACUCUGUGUUGUCAGUGUGAGCAACAGACUGUAAAAAAUCAUCAUACGAGUCAACUUGAAGAAUAUAAAAAGAAGAAAAGGAAGGAGGCGGAUUUACUGGAAGCUGAAUUGAAGUGUGAGCAUGCUCAGAGAGUGGCAGAAAUGGAGCUGGUUAUGCAGCAGAAGCUGCGAGAGCGACAGAAGGUUUACGAGGAAGCCUUCAACCAAGACGUAGAGAAGUAUCUGUCCACUGGAUGCCUACAGGGCAAAGAGUCUGCAGGGGUCGAUGUGGCUGUUCUGGAUCAGAUGACAUUUAUUAACUUAUCAGACCUGGAGGCCCUGGAUGAUUUUCUUAAUUCCACUGGUGAAGAUUCCAGUUGUGGAUCCUCUCUGACCUCGGGUCCAGACCUCAAUUCUUCCUCUUUGGAGUCCUUGAAUCAAGCUCCUCCCAUAAACAGCAGUCAGUCAGACCAGGCUGCAGAGUGGCAGCAGAAGGAGCCACUGGUUCAGUCAGAUGAGGAGGAUGUCCAAGCAGACAUGUCCCUGGCUGCUGUGCAGGAUGUUGGCACGGUGUGGGACUCUGAUGAGAGCGAUGGAGCAGAUCCACUAAUGGAAAAACCUCAGAAUUAAAGAACUGCAGCUCAGUAAUCAGUAAAAGAAUUUUGUUCCUGUAAACCCAGGCAUUCAACUCCAGUCUUCAACAGCUACAGCCCCUCAUUUUUCUGUGUCCUUGCUGAUUCAGCUGAUUCAGAUAACAGGGUUAGCUCCUUUGGGAAUGACUGAUUAAAGUGUGUUAAAGAAAAGGAAAGAUUAAAAGUUGUAUAAUAAUAUUCUAAUUUGAGAACAGACAGGCUUGAAAGAUGUUACAGCUUUUAAAGAAAUGCUAUGGAGUGGACCUUCACAGUGAUUCACCUCAUUGUGUACAAAGUUGGACUUUGAGUUGGUAUUUUUUAAAGUGAGUUUUGUUCCAGUCAGAGCUGAGCAGUCUGCCAGACUGAGUUGUGAAUCAACUAUUAGGUCAAAUAAUUUCACAGAACCUCACAUCAAAAAACCCUUUAACAAGAGUUGUUUUGCUAACAGUAUGGUAUGGCAGCAUGUUGCUUCACUUGAUUCCUAAUUACAUUCCUCCAUGUAAACGGGCAUCUGAAGCAAAGCCGUCUUGGUGUUAAAUAUUUGUAAUAAAUUUACUUGAACCACAAAGGCGUUUGGGAUUUAAUUUGUUUUAGAAAUGAGUCUUUAAAAGGCUGUGCUUUGAGUAGCGUUUAAACUUCACUUGUCCAAUAAAACUGAUUUUCCAAACU